CACGGCUUUAUUGCAGGCGCACGGGGUGGCCGUCUCCCAUCAGCCGAGGAUCUGCGAGCUGGGGGCUGACAGAAGGUAUACCGCCAGCGAUAUAACGGCACAGACGGACGCACUCUAAACACUGUCAAUCAUGGCUGUGAACGUGUAUUCCACCUCUGUGACCAACGAGAACCUGAGCCGACAUGACAUGCUGGCCUGGGUCAAUGACUCUCUGCAGCUCAUGUACACCAAGAUAGAGCAGCUCUGUUCAGGGGCAGCCUACUGCCAGUUCAUGGACAUGCUCUUCCCUGGUUGCAUCCUGCUGAAGAAGGUGAAGUUCCAAGCGAAGCUGGAGCAUGAGUACAUCCACAACUUCAAAGUGCUCCAGGCUGCCUUCAAAAGGAUGAACGUCGACAAAAUUAUUCCCGUGGAGAGGCUUGUGAAGGGUAAAUUCCAAGACAACUUUGAGUUCGUCCAGUGGUUUAAAAAAUUCUUCGAAGCCAACUACGACGGCAAGGAGUACGACCCACUGCAGGCAAGGCAGGGCCAAGAUGUGGCCCCUCCGCCUAAUCCAGGACCACAGAGAACGUCACCAACAGUCCCCAAGAACAUGCCCACGCCACAGAGAGUCAUGAACACCACCAUCAGGAAGAACCCGGCCCUCUCACGGAACGGAGGCAGCGAUGCCGAGAUCAUGGAGCUCAAUCAGCAGUUAAUGGAACUGAAACUGACUGUGGACGGACUUGAAAAGGAAAGAGAUUUCUACUUCAGUAAACUGAGGGACAUUGAGCUAAUCUGCCAAGAAAAUGAGGGUGAAUCCAGCCCCAUCCUCUCCCGAAUAAUAGACAUACUCUAUGCUACAGAGGAUGGCUUCGCACCUCCAGAAGAUGAUGAACUUGACGAACAUGCCCACCUGGACCAGGAUGAAUACUGAUCCUGUCCCUCCAUCACCUCUCAUCCUGUCGGUCCCCCUCUUUUACUCCACUUUGAAAUCCUCCCCUCCCUCCUCUCCUCUGCUCGCACCUAUGAUCUUCUGUGUUCCCCUUGUAUCAGUCAUACUGUCUGUCUGUCUGCUUGUCUGUCUGUCUGUCUGUCUGUCUGUCUGUCUGUUUGUCUGUCAGCCACCCCACCUCGCCACAUGGACUAACAUCAGACCCCUACAGGCAUGCAGACCGUAGCAAACAGCAGUUUAACAUAUCUUAGAAACGCCUCAGCAUGAUCCACCGCAAUGUCGUACAAACAAACAGAAAAAAAUCCAGGCCAUGUUGUGGGGUCGGGUGGGGGUCG